UCCUCUCGCAUUAUUAGUGUUUCUUCUAGCUGCCUUUCUUCUCUGUCUCCGCCGCUUCAGGUCGCCUAGGUUCCUUUCCAAUGGCUUCAGAGAAGAAGCUGGCGAACCCUAUGAGGGAAAUAAAGGUCCAGAAGCUCGUUCUCAAUAUCUCAGUGGGUGAGAGUGGAGAUCGUCUCACCAGAGCUGCUAAGGUGUUGGAGCAGCUUAGUGGCCAAACCCCAGUAUUUUCUAAAGCAAGGUAUACUGUUCGUUCCUUCGGUAUUAGAAGGAAUGAAAAGAUUGCAUGCUAUGUCACUGUUAGGGGUGACAAGGCAAUGCAGCUUCUGGAGAGUGGUCUGAAGGUGAAGGAAUAUGAACUGCUGAGAAGAAACUUCAGUGAUACAGGAUGUUUCGGCUUUGGCAUUCAGGAGCAUAUUGAUUUGGGGAUCAAAUACGAUCCAUCUACUGGUAUCUAUGGAAUGGACUUCUAUGUUGUUCUGGAGCGCCCUGGAUACCGUGUGGGACGUCGCCGCAGGUGCAAGUCUCGUGUUGGGAUCCAGCACCGAGUCACAAAGGAGGAUGCAAUGAAGUGGUUCCAAGUGAAAUACGAAGGAGUGAUCCUGAACAAGUCCCAAGCAUUUGUUGGUUAGAUUGCAAUAUUGAAUGUAGCAAGUUCCAAUUUUGUGAUUUUAGUUUGAAGUUCCCUGGACUAGCAUCUUAGUUUUUUCUGGUAGAGUACAAGUUGGAUUUUGCCAUCAAUAUUUUAUAUUAUGUUGUUGACACUACUUGAGUUGAAUGUUCUACAUUGUCCAUUAAUCUACAUACCACUCGCUACUGUAGUAUGCUGUUUUGUGCAAUAGAUAUAUGAAUUCUGAAUAAUAUGCUUCA